UGGGAGUUGAUCAUUACUCCAUGGCAAGCCACAGGUCGCUUUUGAGUAGUGAACCUUUAUGCCUUCAAAUACCAUAACCUAUUCUGUUUAUACCACGCUUUUCUGGAGACAUAUUGUAACUUUACAUUGCUGCUUUUUUUUUGUGUGUGUCCCUCUAUCUGUAAGGCCAGGUUGUCUUAGAACCAUGAGUUCUCUUGUGCAGGUGGAUAGAGAAAAAUCUGUACUUGUAACAAUUUUUAAAACCUUUUCAAAAUGUAUCAGCUUUCCUAUAAAUUACUGUGGUGCUAUUUUAAGAUCCAGUAAACCAUGACCUGUGAGGUACAUAUAAGGAAUAUUAUUAGGAAGCUUGGAAUUUCAGCUUUCCAAUGUAAUAAAGCAAAUGGAUUUUCUAGGGCUGAUGGUUCCUGACAUCAGACCUUCAAACUGUUACUAGGCAAUGAUUGAACGUAGGAAGUCUUUGAUCUCAAAUCAGUACAACUUUCCGCUUCUCAUUUUACCCAAUUCACACCUGGGAGGAAAGUAAUUUGUUACUGACUUCUUUUAAUACAUGGUGGCUGUUUGAAAGCUGCGUUGACAUUUGAAAUUUUAAAAGUAUGGAUUGUGGUAAACACACACACUUGAGGUCAGAUUCAAAAUAAAAACAUAAAAGGGGUGAAGAAUGAAGGUAUUCUUGACCUUAUAUGAUAGUUGUGUAGAUUAUAUUUUACAUACUUUGGGGUAACCUAAGCCAGGUUUUCCUUUGUUGUGUUCACCUGGCUCUAAAUGUUCACACUCCUGAUUUUUGUGGUUUGUAUUAUUCUUGGUUUAAGGCCAUAUGUAGGGCCUUGCAUUUUCAAACUGCUGUGCAAACAUCAAAAUGCAACACAGUGGUAAUCACAGUUUUUCAUUUUCUUCUGGGAAUGUAACAACUGUGGCAGUGACUUAACAAAAAACCUGUUACCAUAUAUUUUUUUGGUGGAGUUGGUUUAUUUAGAAAGCAAUGCAAGAUAUGAUCCUGGGUAUCAGGGUUUCAUGUACACAUAAUCCCCCCCUCUGUUCCCCCUGUAAUCAUGUACAGAAAGCAUUGUGUUAAUUUUAAUGUGUGUCAAAAGACAAAUUUCAGUCUGUUUAAAUUCUCCUGUAACCAGAUAGUGCUUAUGUGAAAGUGGACUCCAAUCCUGCAAUUACUUAUGCACCUACUUAACUUUACUAUGUUGAGUAAUAGGACUACUCAAGAUAGUAAAGUUAAAAAUUUGCAUCUGUGUUUGCAGGAUCAGGCAUUUAGUUGUGGAACAUCCUACACUGCCACUUUGUACCCACCUACUGGUUUGUAGGGAUGCUUAUGAACAGAACCAAUAGAAGUUCCUAGAAUAACUUUUUCAACACAGUACAGUGAAUAACUAGAAUUCUGAGCUGGAUAAUGAUGAGGCAGCAAAGGAAGAGAAAGCACCUGUGAAGGAAAAGUAUGUUCCAAAACCGAAGGCAAUUCCAUCUCUUGGAAACAAGAAUAGAUUCCAUCCCUAUUCAAAGGACAAGAAUUCAGGCACUGGAGAAAAGAAGACUAUUAACCGUAACAGAGUUUUCAUUAGCAACAUCCCAUAUGACAUGAAAUGGCAAGCUAUUAAAGAUCUUAUGAGAGAAAAAGUUGGUGAGGUUACAUACGUGGAGCUGUUUAAGGAUGCUGAAGGAAAAUCAAGGGGAUGUGGUGUGGUUGAAUUCAAAGAUGAAGAAUUCGUAAAGAAAGCAUUAGAAACUAUGAACAAAUAUGACCUUAGUGGAAGACCCCUGAACAUUAAAGAGGAUCCUGAUGGUGAACAUGCUCGCAGGGCAUUGCAGCGUGUGGGAGGACCAUUCCCAGGAGGACAUGGACCUGAUAUGGCACCUGGAUUGAUGAAUUUACCCCCUUCAAUUCUCAAUAAUCCAAACAUUCCUCCUGAGAUUAUUAGUAAUUUGCAGGCUGGCAGGCUUGGGUCCACUAUUUUUGUUGCUAAUCUUGACUUUAAAGUUGGCUGGAAAAAACUAAAGGAGGUGUUCAGCAUUGCUGGAACUGUAAAACGUGCAGAUAUCAAAGAAGACAAGGAUGGCAAGAGUCGAGGAAUGGGAACAGUCACUUUUGAACAAGCAAUUGAAGCAGUUCAGGCAAUAUCUAUGUUCAAUGGACAGUUCCUGUUCGAUAGACCCAUGCAUGUAAAAAUGGAUGACAAAUCAAUUCCUCAUGAAGACUUCCGUGUGGUGGAGAACAAGACGCCACAGUUACCUCGUGGCCUUGGAGGUAUUGGGAUGGGACUUGGACCAGGAGGACAGCCCAUCAGUGCAACCCAAUUGAGCAUGGGUGGUGGAAUGGGGAGUAUGGGUCCAGGAGGUAUGGGAAUGGAUGGCCCAGGCUUUGGAGGAAUGAACAGAAUGGGAGGAGGUAUCGGUGGAUUUGGUGGAAUGGAAGGAAUGACUAACAUGGGAGGAUUUGGUGGCGUCAGCAGAAUGGGAGGGAUGGGGAGUGUAGAUGACUUCAGAGGAAAUAUUGGCAGUGGAAUGAGUGGGGGCAUAGGAACCGGCAUGGGAGGCAUGGCAACUGGCAUGGGAGCAGAAAUGUUUCGUGGUGGAAUGGGAGGAAGUAUGGACAGAGAUUUUGGUCGGAGUGACAUGGCAAUGAACCGGGGCUUUGGAGAUUCAUUUGGAAGAAUGGGUGGUGCAAUGGUUGGUGGUUUUGCAGGAGGAAUGGGUGCUUCUAGCAUGGGCCCAGUAGGAUCUGGAAUGAGUGGUGGAAUGGGUGGUAUGAAUAGUAUGACUGGAGGAAUGGGGAUGGGGAUGGAUCGGAUGAGCUCCAGUUUUGAUCGAAUGGGACCAGCUAUGGGAGCUGGCCUUGACAGGAACAUUGAUAUGGACCGAGGAUUUGUGGCUGGCCCGAUGGGAAGUGGUGUGAGAGAGAGAGGUUCUAAAGGCAACCAGAUAUUUGUCAGAAAUCUUCCAUUUGACUUGACCUGGCAGAAGCUAAAAGAGAAAUUCAGUCAAUGUGGUCAUGUAAUGUUUGCUGAAAUAAAAAUGGAGAAUGGAAAAUCAAAAGGCUGUGGAACAGUCAGGUUUGACUCACCAGAAUCUGCUGAAAAAGCCUGUAGAAUAAUGAACGGCAUAAAAAUCAAUGGCAGAGAAAUUGAUGUACGCUUGGAUCGCAAUGCAUAAUUUAAAACUGUGUUCAGGAACAUUCCUAUGUCUGUUUAGCUUCUAUAUCCUAGUAAGUCAUUUUUAGUAACAUUGUAUGCUUACAAAAGCAGUAAAAACAAACUUUUAAAUCCCACCAGCCUUUAACAGUAUAGUGUUUAAUAUACUGUGAUUCUUGUUAACUAAAUCUUACUAUGUUUGGUUUUUAAGGACAGUUUGCCCGAUUUUCAGAGGUACUGAACACCUGCAGUCCCCUUAAAGACAGUGGAAGCUGUGGAUGCUUGGCACCUCUGGAAAAUUAGGCCAAGUGUCUCUAGUCAUUCAGUUUAAAUGAAUGGUUAUACUGUUUUUAAUAAAAUAAGCCAUUUUCUCUGUUCUCAAGAUUGCAUAGUGGGAUUUGUUUAGUGUUUCAGAUUUCCCCCAGCUCGUAUCAACAUUGUAAUGUAAAAAAAUUAGAUGUCCCUUCCAGAAUUUUGGUUUUAUAUAUGCAUUGUAGUCACACUGUAAUUCUUGACUCUAAAAGAAAGGGCUCCAAUUAGGCUGUGAUGUUGUUUUAUUUUUAAGAUUACUUUUAUGCCAUGAUUUAGAACUUCUGUAAAUAAGUUUUAGAGCCCAAAGGGAGUUUUGGAUUUUUUUAUUUGACUAAAUGAAGAAAUUGAUCCUC